UGUCAUCCGCCGAUCUUACUGCCCAACGCUGCAUGUUGUUGAGCACGCGUGAAGAAUAUUCCAGCUACCCGUCUAGCAUAGCGAACCUUUUCACAGUAAUAAUCAAAGAAAAUGACUAAACCAGCACCCGUGGCCAAGCCUGGAAAUCCCGACAACCCUCGGGUUUUCUUUGAUGUAGAUAUCGGUGGAGAAAGAGUUGGCCGUAUAGUGUUCGAGAUCUUUGCUGAUGUGGUCCCUAAAACGGCAGAGAAUUUUCGGGUUCUGUGUACUGGUGAAAAGGGGAUUGGCAACAGCACAGGCAAACCCCUGCACUACAAGGGCUGUCCAUUUCACCGCAUCAUCAAGAAAUUUAUGGUCCAGGGUGGAGAUUUUUCUAAUCAGAAUGGAACUGGAGGAGAGAGCAUAUAUGGAGAGAAGUUUGAGGAUGAAAACUUUUACUAUAAGCAUGACAAAGAGGGGCUUCUCAGCAUGGCCAACGCCGGCCCAAACACAAAUGGCUCGCAGUUCUUUAUAACCACCGUUCCAACGCCACACCUGGAUGGGAAGCACGUGGUCUUUGGCCAAGUGCUAAAGGGAAUGGGAGUGGUGAAGAUGCUGGAGGCCAUAGAAACUAAAGAUGAUAAUCCUGUGAAGCCCUGCAUAAUUGCUGAAUGUGGAGAACACAAAGCAGGAGACGAGUGGGGGAUCGCUCCGAACGAUGGCUCGGGAGACGUAUAUCCAGAUUUUCCUGAGGAUUCAGAUGUGGACUUUAAAGAUACGGAUAAACUCUUAUCUGUGGCAGAGGAUAUCAAGAAUCUUGGAAAUGACUUCUUCAAAGCUCAGGAGUGGCAGUCUGCCAUCAGAAAGUAUUCAAAAGCUCUCAGGUACUUAGAACGGCAUGGCAACACCAAAGAUGAUGAUAAUGAAUAUGAUGAUAGUGUCCAAAAGAAACUGGAGCCCACAGCCCUGAGCUGCAUUCUCAACACUGCUGCUUGCAAACUUAAACUAAAGCUCUGGCAAGAAGUGAUUGCGAGCUGUGAUGAGGCCUUGCAGCUGAACCAGACAAACACUAAAGCGCUGUUCAGAAGAGCUCAGGCCUGGCAGGGACUGAACGAAUUUAAUAAAGCCAUGAUCGAUUUGAAGAAAGCACAGGAGAUUGCACCAGGUGACAAAGCGAUUGGAAAUGAAAUGCUGAAAGUGAAGCAGCAAGUGAAGGAAGAGAAAGAGAAAGAAAAGAAGAUUUAUGCCAAAAUGUUUGCAUAAAAGAAACCGCCUCAACCUCGCACCUCACUGAUCUACCUGCGUAUCUUCACUCACAUUACACCUGGUUUAUAAACCGUUAUGCUUUCUUCUCUGUGCAGUUUGGAAAGAGAUGUUUAUCAUCUGUACUGUAUGUAUCAAAUGAGUUUUUGUCUGUGAGUGAUGAAGCAAAAGUUUCUGUGUAUUUGUAGUAAGCUGAUGUUAUGGUUACCGUGACUGCUGUGCAAAGGUUUGGUACAAUUUGGUGACCUUUAAGAUUGCAUCAGCUUUAAUAAAUUAUUUGGUCUCUGCA